AGAGGCCCCCAGAUCAGACCAUCAUCACCACCAAGAGCAGGUGGGCAGGCUUCCGUCCCUCCUCCUCCAAUCCAGGUCAGCUGCAGCCUCAACCCAGAACCUCCUGAUCUCCUGGCACUAUGGUUCGCUACAGAAUAAGGAGCCCCAGUGAGGGUCCACACCAGGGGUCUGGGCAAGACCGUGAACACGAGGAGCAGGGGCAGGGGCAAGGGCUGAGUCCAGAGCGUGUGGAGGACUAUGGGAGGACACACAGAGGCCACCACCACCACAGACACAGGCGCUGCUCUCGUAAGAGGCUGCAUAGGAUCCACAAGAGGCGUCGGUCAUGCAGAAGGCGGAGGAGACACUCCUGCCGCCACAGGAGGCGGCAUCGCAGAGGCUGCAGAAGAUCCCGAAGGAGGAGGAGAUGCUGCAGGUGCAGGAGAUGUAGGAGGUACUGCCAUUGAGCCUCCCCAGGCCUGUCCAUUCUGCCUGGGGCCAAGGAAGUCACCCGCCCAAGGAAUAGUCACCUGCCCAAGCAACGUCACGUGAGGCCACACCACCAUUCCAUGUUGAUGUCUGAGCCCUGAGCUGCCAAGGAGCCACGAGAUCUGAGUAAUGAGCAAAGCCACCUGCCAAAUAAAGCUUGACACGAGAUUCA